AGCCACAGCUCCAGCAUGCCAGAGCUUGGAAGGAUGGGCCUGGAGUCGGAUUACAGCUGCUCCAAGACCAGCAGAGCACUCCGGCUCAAAUCAAAGCCCGAUCGGUGAGUGGCAAGUGAAAAGAAGCUCAGAGCUCCCACUGAUUCUGCAUUAUGGUCACUGUUCCUCACUGGAUGCUUAGAGGGCUAAAUCAAGAGUGUUGGAGGAGGAACUAUAGAGCUGGGCUUCUUCCUGGACCUGGACUCACCUCUUCAAUGGCUAGACCUAGACCUCCCUCAGUGCUAAAGCCAAACUCCACUGCUGUGACUGAGUUCCUUUUUGAAGGUUUCCCCAGCUUUGGGUGGCAGCACAGGCUUGGUUUCUUUGUUGUCUUUCUAACUUUGUACCUGCUGACUCUCUUUGGCAACGUCAUUAUUGUGACUGUUAUUCACCUGGACCGUCACCUCUAUACUCCCAUGUACUUUUUCCUGAGGAUGCUUUCCAUCUCUGAGACCUGCUACACUGUGGCCAUCAUUCCCUGUAUGCUUUCUAGCCUCCUGAGUCCUCAUCAGCCCAUUUCUAUCCAAGGCCGUGCCACUCAGCUCUUCUUCUGUCUCAUCUUUAGUAUCAAUAACUGCUUCCUGCUCACAGCCAUGGGGUAUGAUUGCUAUGUGGCCAUAUGCAACCGACUACAGUAUUCAGUCAUCAUGGAUAAAGAGUCCUGUAUCCAGUUGGCAUCUGGGUCCCUGGGAAUUGGCCUGGGUAUGGCCAUUGUCCAGGUAACAUCUGUUUUUGGCCUGCCCUUUUGUGACGCCUUUGUCAUCUCUCACUUCUUCUGUGACAUGAGACCCCUGCUGAAGCUGGCCUGCACAGACACCACUGUCAAUGAUAUCAUCAACUUUGUUGUCAAUGUUUUUGUCCUUGUUCUACCCAUGGGCUUGGUCUUCAUCUCCUAUGUCCUCAUUGUCUCCACCAUCCUCAAGAUUGCUUCAGCUGAGGGUCAGAAGAAGGCCUUUGCCACCUGCGCCUCCCACCUCAUCAUCCACUAUGGAUGUGCCUCCGUCAUUUACCUGAAGCCUAAGUCCCAGAGUUCCCUGGGGUAGGACAGACUCAUCUCAGUGACCUACACUGUCAUCACUCCUCUGCUGAACCCCGUCGUGUACAGCCUGAGGAAUAAGGAAGUCAAAGAUGCUCUGUGCAGAGCCAGGGGCAAAAGGCCCUCUCCUCUCAGUGAGGAGGUCGUUGAAGGCCUUUUCUUACAUUUUGUAAAUAUGUAUUAAUUUUAAUGCUGUAUCAAUAAUACCUUUAAGUUUGGGAUCAAGAAGAAUAGACUAAAUUGAAUUGGGUGCUAAAACUGGAGACUUCCAUUUGAGGUAGACAUGGUUCUCUGUGUCCUCCUUUAGAGAGGAUAGAAAAUGACUUGGCAUACACUUAAGAAUAUAGGGGAAAGAUUUACCUGCCUGGGUCACUCAUACCUAUGUUCUGUUACACACCCAUGCACACAUCUACAUAUGCCCUGAGAAUAUAUUGGGUUAUACAACUCCAGUAAAGCACAAAAUCCAGCAAGGUUCUAGAAAGCUAAUGAACAAAGUGUUUGGAAACCACCUCAGAAAAACCUCUGUUGUUGUUCUUCAGGGUGUAUGAGUAAUUUAUGCAAAAUUUUAACAAAUAAGUGUGGAGACACAUGCAUGUCCUUUUCUAUGGAUAUUGAAGGCUUUCUUGUAAUCUGUUUUUGCUGCUUACUAAUAUCUCAUCACAGCCUGAGGACUCUUCAGAAGGCCAAAAAAAAACACACAACAACAACACUCCCCAAUUGGAUAGAACUGCCCUAACUGACCAUUCCUGGAAAUGAGGAGUACAAAUGUGGGAAAGCAAAAAAUCAUCAGCUACUAGAACACAGAAGUGGGUUGUCCAUAGUCCCAAGAUGCCUAGGUGAGAAAACUCCAAUUUGGAAAGGAGAGCAUGCUGAACAGUUCAAUGCUUUUCACAUCUCCAGCGCAGGAGUGAAAGAGGAUGGAGGCUGGAAGAAGCCAAGCAAAAUCAUAGUUCCUUUUGCAGGGUAGACCUAAAUCUUUGAAAUAGUGUUAUAAAUGUAAGCACUUUAACUACAACUUCUGAAAUUAUUUAUUAAUGAGCAGAAGUCUGAAGCUUGACUUAAUGAAAAAGUUUUCCAGUAAGUUUCUAAGCUGUCAGAGGUUAAUCUUCAGAAAUUUCUUAUUAGACACUGCCAACUUAAAACCUGAGGUAAAAAACAGCAUUUCAUGUUUGAGCAUCACAGAAAGUGAAGGCUUAUGCCCUGGUCCUCUCUCCCUCAUCCUUUCACUCCACUCUGGCCUUCUAUACUGAAGAACAGGUAUAACCUGAGUUUGAAACCCAGUUCUUGCAGUCUCCAGAAUCCAGCUGAUCCCAUGGGGUGAUGCUGCAGAGGCAAGUUAUCACUUGUAAGAGUGACAUGAAGUUAGCUGGGUGCUGAGGAUAGGACAAGCCAGUGGAAAUUGACAGAUCUUCUAAGUCAAGUUAACAUGUCUUGCUUUGCCAAGAAACACUGGCGUGUGCUAUCUGACCAGAGAUAAAAGGUAUCUUUGCCUUUGUGACCAGAUUUCUAGAAAUGAUAGUCAGUUUGUUUCUGUUAGGAUAGCCAAGGAUAGCCAAAAAAGCAGUUAAAUUUUUUUUUUCAUUGUGUUCUGCUUAGUCUAGAUAAAGCUGUUAGGUAAAGGUCUGCUGACCAGUGUCAGUUUCUGAUAAGGCACCAGAUAGGGACUUGGGCUUGGUAACUAACUGUCCAGGGCUGGGUAGACAAGUUAAGGCAGGGAGACAAUACUACUUUCUGAGUUUCUCUGAGCACCCAGGCUGGCGAGUACCUCUGCUAUUCUCAGCAUAAAGCUCCCAUCUCUGACUUCAAGGAGAUGCUCUUUUUCUCCCAUUUCCCAUUUAAUGAGAAGAGAGAAAGAGCAGAGCUUUUCUUCAAGUACUCAAUUUCCCAGAAUACAAGGUGUAUCUUUUGUCCGAAUUUCUACUCUUGAGGUAGCCAAGGAAAUUUGUCUUCCAUUGGCCACUAGUAGGGAGCUACCAACUUGAUUUUCAAAAACCAAUCCUAAUUAUUGGGAGUUUGUGACAUUUUGUAGCAGACAAUUUGGAAGAGCAAUCAUGGGAAAUAAAUUUGCUCUAUGGACUGGCCUAGACCAAUCUGGUAAGAUAUUGGAGGUAACAGAGGAAGCCCCAAGGGUGAAGCUGGGGUGAAUUAUUUCUAUUCUAAUCAUUUGUAUAACAUCCAUACUUCCUCUCUGGCACAGAUAGACUUUAUGUAUAUUAAAAUAAAAAACACCUUUAUAAAUGCCAUAUUUUGGGGGUCCACAAAAUACUCAAGACCUCACUGUGUGUUCCACAUUCCCUAUGGAACAGAUGUAUGAAUAUCAGGAAGAAAAAAUGUGGAAAUAAAUGGUAGACAUAAGUCUGAUAUGAACCUGAAAUUUAGAUACAUGGGAGAGCACAAUGAAGGGAGAGACCACUGUGUAGAGGAUGAAGGAGAAAUUCACACCGGAGCUUUUUUGGGAAUGUGUUCUGAGCCUUUGUGCUGGAGAGUCACCACAUAGAACUGCCUUCCCACGUAAUGAAGGACAAAAUGGGCUCAAAGUAAGCUUAGAGACCACCUAGUCCAAACGCCCCUUGUUACAAAGAAGAAAUGAAAUCUCAGAGACUGGCAAGAACUUGCUUGCCGCAGUCACACAGCUGGUUAACAACAGCUCGAACUUCCAGGUUUGUGCUCUGUCCAUAGCCCUUGCAAGCUGGGAGUGAGGAUGAAAAUGGAGGUAAAAGUGAAUUGGAGGUAAAGUGAAAAUAGAAGUAAAAGUCACUCAGAGACUCAGAAAAUCCCUCAGAAGAUGUAUCUGAAGCUUAUAAAGCCUCGACUUUCUAUCCAUGUUCAGUCUCUCUCAAUUCUUAACUCUGGGUCACUUGGCCUCAGACCAAAUAAAGGAGGAAGUAACUUGCCCUCUAGCCUGAUGCAUAGCUGUGUGUUAAACACUGUGAGACAAGAUGUUGUUAAUGAAUGUUCUGUAAGACUGUGGUCUCAAGGCUAUAACUUCUAACAGACCUCCUAUCUUUCCUUAAAGGUAGGGAAGUGUCCAGGAACAACACCAAGGAGCUUCCUGUAGGGACUUUUCCUGGCCUAUGGUUGCAGGAAAAAUCUCUUCUCCACUCACCAGGCUUCUUUACACAAAGCCAAGUGCCAAGGCCGUUCCCUGAGAAUCUGGUCAUUUCCUAUCUCUCUGAAAUGAUUUUUUAAAAAAGGGACAGUGUUAAGGAGGUUCAUACUAGUGUUGAGGCUUCGGGUGGGCUGCCCCUAAAUAUGCCACAAUGACAUAUUGAUUAUUUUGAAUUAAAGUUACUUAAGAAUCAGAGAUGGAUGGAUUGGGAGUUUGGGAUUAGCAGAUGCAAAUUAUUAUAUAUAGAAUGGAUAAACAACAAGGUCCUGCUGCAUAGCACAGGGAACUAUAUUCAAUAUCCUGUGAUAAACCAUAAUGGAAAAGAAUAUGAAAAAGGAUAUAUCCUCAUAUUUUUUCUUAUUCUUUUCCAUAUAUAUUUCUAUCUUCCUGAAAGUAGGAAAUAAGUCUCGCACAUGAGAGGUAUACUCCUUGCAUCUGGAGGUAGAAGGACACCCUUAUUGCCAGAGAGAGGGAAUUCGGGGCUUAGAAGCCUAUAUAAACAAACCUUGUUACUUAUUUUAUUUACCACCUCAAGCCCAAACUCUGUUUAGAUUCUUCACGAAUUGAGCACCCCAAUACUAAGCUUCUUUGUCCUGUCAAUUCCUCUCAAAUGUGUCAUUUCUUUGUCUAAAAAGUAUAAAAGCUGCCUGCUUUGACCACUUUUUAGGUCCCAUUUCUAUGAGACCUCUGUGCACAUGAAUUAAAAAGUAUUUCUUUUUCUCUUGCUAAUUUGUCUUGUGUAAAUUUUAUUAUUAGU